GCAUGAAAAUUGCUCAUAGCUCUGACACUGGUAAAAGGCAGAGAGCACAACAAUCAAUCCCCAGAAUCAGAUUUUGAUCGUCACGAUGUUGGGCUUACGAGCUUCGGCUACAACAAUCAUCUCCAAUGUUCGCCUUCAAAUUCAUCAAUCUUUAUCGAUUCGAUGCCAGCGAACGCAAGGCAUGUUCGUGAAAGCGGGAAUGGAGAUUCCGGACGAUAAGCGCCUCGAGUGCGCGCUUCAGUACAUCCAUGGAAUCGGGAGAGCUCGAGCUCGCCAGAUUCUCUCCGAUCUCAGCCUGGUAAACAAGCACGUCAAGGACUUGACCAAAAGAGAGGUCUACGUUCUCGGCGAAGAGCUCUCCAAGUACGCCAUCGGAAGAGAAUUAAGGGGUUACGUUGAGAGAGACGUGAGGAGAUUGGUGGAUAUUCAGUGCUACAGAGGAAUUAGGCAUAGCGACGGCUUGCCUUGCAGAGGACAAAGGACAAAGACCAACGCUCGAACCCAGAAGGAUCGCGGAUCCCCCGUGAAGAAGAGAUGAGUGUAAUCGGUUUUGUGUUUCUCUUUCUUUAUUUGCCAUUUGUUGAAGCUUGUCUUUCUGGGUUUUUGGGGUUUUGGAAAUAAGAAAUUCUUUACUAUUUGAAAUUUCCUCAUGCCAAUUGAUGGAAAGAAUACAAUUGGGUUUUUGAACGUGGGAUUUACUGCACUGUUCUGUACUUCUUUUGGUAAAUGGGAAGCUUUUAGUUGAAA